AUGACAGGAGUGAGCCACUGUGCCCGGCCAGCGUAUUUAUUAAUUGAAAAAGGCCUCGUGCAUGGUGCCUCCACGGUGUUUGUGGUGAAGAACAGCAAUGGGACAGCUUGUGUGAUGGCCGAAUUCUCUGCCACCUUCAUGCUGAGCUAUGACACCAAGAGUGGCUCUCAGAAUGCGACCUUUGUCCUACCACCAAACGCAGAAGAGCUAAACAGCAGCUCUUGUGGUCAAGAGAACACUUCUGACCCCCGUCUUGUGAUUGCUUUCGGAAGAGGACAUUCACUGACCCUCAGUUUUGUGAGAAAUGGGACACGUUACGGUGUCCAGCGCCUGAGUUUUGCUUAUAACUUGUCAGAUACAUUCACGUUUCCCAACUCAAGCUCCAAAGAAACCAAGUCCGUGGAAUCCGUCACUGACAUCAAAGCAGACAUAGACACAAAAUACAGGUGUGUCAGUGGCACCCGGGUCCACGUGGACAAUGUGCUGAUCACACUCCACAAUGCCACCAUCCAGGCGUACCUUUCCAGCAGCAACUUCAGCCAGGGAGAGACACGGUGUCAGCAGGACGGGCCUUCCCCGACCACUGCGCCGCCCAGGCCCACACCCUCGCCCACGCCUGUGCCCGAGAGCCCUGCUGUGGAGAAGUACAACGUGAGCGGCACCAACGGGACCUGCCUGCUGGCCACCAUGGGUCUGCAGCUGAACCUCACCUACGAGAAGAAGGACAACACGACCGUGACUAGAGUGCUCAACAUCAACCCGAACAAGACCUCGGUCAGUGGGAGCUGCAGCGCGCGCCUGGUGACCCUGGAGCUGCGGAGCGAGGAUGUCGCUCUCCUGGUCUUCCAGUUCGGGAUGAAUGCAAGCUCUAGCCGAUUCUUCCUGCAAGGAAUCCAGUUGAAUAUGACGCUUCCCGAUGCCAGAGAUCCCACCUUUAGAGCUGCCAACAGCUCGCUGAGGGCGCUGCAGGCCACGGUGGGCAACUCCUACAAGUGCAAUGCCGAGGAGCGUGUGCGCGUCACGCAGGCCUUGUCCGUCAACAUCUUCCGAGUGUGGGUGCAGGCCUUCAGGGUGGACGGCGACGAGUUCGGGGCUGUGGAGGAGUGCCUGCUGGACGAGAACAACAUGCUCAUCCCCAUCGCUGUGGGCGGCGCCCUGGCGGGGCUGGUCCUCAUCGUGCUCAUCGCCUACCUGGUGGGCAGGAAGCGGAGCCACGCUGGCUACCAGACCAUCUAGGGCCGCGCCGCCGACAGCCGAGGGUCGCCCGCCGCCUCCUGGGCAGGCCCCGCCGUGGGCACACUUUCUGGCAAACUGGUUUUUAAAUCUGCUUUCUCAAAUGUGAAGUUCAUCCUGCAGCAUUUACUAUGCACAAAAGAGUAACUAUCGAAAUGGCGGCGUUAAUUUUGCUAACUGGGUUAAAUAUUUUGCUAACUGGUCACAUGUUCGUAUUUACCAAAGCAGAACUCGCGGGACCGGCGUGCCUGUCUCGUGCGCCCGGUCCCACUGUCCUCUGGCUUUGGGUCUGGUGUUGGGUUUUUCAUCUUUUCUGUGCUUGGAUUUGGCCUGGCAGAAGCCUCUGUCUCCAAGCUUGGGGACAGGGAGCUGGCUGAGGGCGAGGGGACAUGCUGGGAGGAUGGGAGGGGGCAGAAGGGCAGGUCUCGGGUUGGAAGUACUCCGAAGGGGCCACCCGGAAGCUCCGGGCGAGCUUAGAAGCCAGGCGGCCUGGCCCCGUGGCCGGCUUGCCAGCAGGAGUGCCCGCGGGCACGUCCCGGGGCCUUCGCAGGCUCCAGGCUCAAGGGCUGGCACUUUCUUCAACGUACAAAUGGGUGUUAUUUUUAUUUUCUUUUUUUGUAAAGUGAUUCUGGUCUUCUGUUUGACAUUCAGGGUGAUCCUGUUCUGCACUGUGUACAAUAGACAGUUCACUACUGGUGUGUGCGCCGUGGCUCGGGCGGGUGGUCCACAGGGUCAGCUCACGGAAUGCACUGCCUGUAACAAUGCUAAUAAAAAGGCUCUUUCUUUUUUGUCUG